UUUCUCCGCGUCUUUGUCCUUCAAAUAGUUUGAUGUUUAUAUAUCAUUUCAUUUGAGAUCGACAUCUCAAGAUUUCAAAAAAGGAAGUCAUUUCAAAAGUUCGUUACAUUUGAAUAAGGGACUAUUAACGACACUUAGAUCAGACUCUGAAGAAUUGUUGAGCGACAUGGUGGCACUGUCUGACUUUGCACUUUGGGUGAUGGUAUGCUGCAGUAUUGCAAUCUCACUGGCGCACAAAGAGAUCAUAGAGACUCACGAUGAAAUGUCUAGAAAGACAAAUGAUACAUUCAGUCGGUUCCAGUCACAACGGUCAGAGGUCAGUGAAGCUUCCGAAGCUAUGGGGCUGAUGAGAGCAGAAACGCAGAAGUAUAACAAAAUGAACACGAGCAGCCCUAACAAGUAUAAACAAUUUGAAGAAUUUAAUUUGACAAGACAGAAAGGGCGUCAGAUAAAAAGAAGCAAAUCAGCGCCAGAACCUCUGGAAAACCAGAAACAGCUUGAAAAUAAACACGGUACAGUGCACCCAACAUUUAAAAAUAAGCACUAUUUACUGCGUGAAAGAAGACUGAUAAAGACAGGACCUCCUUUGAUAACAAAUGUCACAACUUUACUAGGGCUAUCGGAUGACAAUGAUAAAUUUUAUAGUCGUAAAUCCUUUAAACCACAUGCACGAGCAGAAACCUUAACGAGAAAUAAACGUAGUUUGGCUUCCGUGCCUACUUGUGAGCUUCAGAUCAGCAAUCAAAGUAAAACUUACUUUCAUGCGCAGUUGUUAUUAAGAGACCCAAAUUUCAUUGGAUUCCACCUAUCAUUUUGUAAUAAAAUUAGGUACAACACAUCAAGCACAACAAACGUUUUUAAACCACUGAGUUGGUUUUGGACAUACAACACAACAUCUGGACCAUUUCCUUUUCUUUCCUGGAACCUCGACUACGGGACUCUAUCUUUCGGACUUCUAGACGCACAAACGAUAAAUAUUGAUUUUGUUUGCAUUGAUACCAUAAACACAUCAGCAUCAUGUGAUAUAAAGUUUGGAGAAUAUCAGACAUCAAAAGCUGUUACAACAGCACUGAAAUCACUUGUCAGUGUAGAAGAAAAUAAUGCCUACUAUAAAUAUCCAGAGAAUUUCUUUUGCUACCUUUUGACAAGACAAAACUACCACGGUACAAUUUCUUAUUGGGCAGCAAAAUAUUUCAUAUACCCUAUUCGAUUUGUAUAUUACGAAUGUUGUUCUGUGACGCUGAAUUACACAUCUUACAAGUUUGAAGUAAAUUGUCCAGAGAAUGGAACAAGUGAAGGACGAUUUAAUACCUGGAAAGAAACAAGAAUAUUACCAUAUAUAUUAGGCCUCUUGAUUCUUUUGUAUUUCCCAAUAAUGUUUUUCAAUUUCGGGGCUUGGUUAUCAAAAGACGAACACAUAUUGUGCGAGGAUCGAGAUAACUUGGACACCUCAAAGGCAAUAUUAAAUGAGUGUUGGCUAUUUGCUGAUGGAACUUCUCCACUCAUUUUGUGCGACCUUUUGAGUUUCAAAACUUUAGGUCUUGAAAAGUUCCCAGUCACAGCUUCUAGGAUCAGACGCUUUUUCCUCGUGGUAUUAUUUCCAACCUUUGUCUAUUUGGAACUUGUUAUGUACUCCAAUGGAAUAGGCAUAUGGAAACAAGACAAUUUAAUCACUGUAAAAGAACUUGUUGAAGCAGGCGUUCCCAUGGGAAUUCUAUCUGUCUUAGCAGAUAACAAACAUGGGACUAAUGUCUUUGUUCCCUUGCUUGGCGGUCCAAUAGGAGUUAUCAUUAUAUAUUACGUAAUGGGUCUUGUAUUUAUUUUUCUUCCACGAAGCCUGAAACAAAUUGUAAAUGACGGUUUGCCGUCUUCAAAUUUGAUGAUUAAAUCACCACUUUUCUUCGCGACGGAUGAAAUUAUCGGAAUGGCAUUGAUUGAUGUAAAACCGCAUGACUUGUUACCAGGUUACACUAAAGGGUCUACGUUAAUGAGAUGCAGAUUUUAUAUGCUGUUUGGGUCUGUUUUCUGGAGAAAGGUAUGGCAUAUUCAGACAGACAGAUUUUCAUUUGUCUUGUCUGGCAAACCGAUAUGGUUUAAGAUAAUAAUCAUUUGUUUGUUUUUGCCAGUUUAUGCACUCUUUUGCUUGAUCGAGAUUUGUUGUUGUUUGGUGUUUAAUGCUGUGCCUUUUUGCAAUUUUGUUGCCAUCCUUGUUGGCGGGGGACUUAAAUCCUUGCGUCAUCUUAGAGGACAGAAUCGGUGCCUGUCUGCAAUCUUUAAAUAUCGUGUGACCGCCUUUAUAGGAGCAAGUUUCGUAUCAGCUGUACUCAUAGUCUACAGCUAUGUUGAUGCACUAGCUUUUCUCGCAAAUUUCAGUUUUAUUUCUAAAGUAGUAACAUAUUGCUUUGUUGCAAUCGUGAUAUAUCCAUCUGUUUCUUUUGGAUAUUUAUUUUUCUUCGUCAUACUUUUGUACUACUUUGUCAAGCUCUUCAGAGACUUUGGAGACGGCUACACGGAUCUAUUAUCAACAGCUGUUGAUAUUUCCAGAAAUCUUUCUGAUGGUGCAAAAAUCUCGGCAAACGAUGGAAAUGUGGUUAUUUCUAACUUGAAGGCCGACAGUUUCGAAUCUAUUCGAAUAAAUGGGAAAUUGUUGGACGUUUCUCAAAACACCUUACAAACUUUGAGUGAAAAUGAACUACCGGUAAUGAUUAGAGAAAGGAAUAAUAUUUUCGGGAUACCAAAGCAAUUGUUUAACACUUUAGUUCAGAAACAUCGACCAGUUCACCAGCAGGUAUUAGUCCUGUGUUUCAAGUCCUCCAUGUUGAUUUUCUUUGUUAUUUUGACUCUCAAUAUAUCCUCCAAUUACGUCAAAGGACCUAAUGCAGACAUAUCAGAAGUGAUGCACGUGAUCUUUAUUGUUGUAGUUGGUGUUCUUCCUAAGCUAGUUGUGGCCGCCCUCUCCCGCUCAGACAAAAGCAUUGUUCGGGAAAUUCAGAGAAGAGAUAUAAAGGCGUCAAUUGUUGAAUUCUGGAACACGGGCAUGACUGAAGAGUUAUCGAACCUUGCACAGUAUCAAUAAUUUUCAAAAAUUGAAAUAAUCAUAAAAUCAAAUAUUGAUUUUGCAUUAGAUACACGGGAAUUAAUAAAAAGAGAACAUUACCCGGAUUUUAAUGGGUAUAUAAAAAAACGUUACGUUGUUCGUCACGCUGAAUAAUUCUACAAUUUUCAAUGAAUUAAAUGUAUCAAAAGAUCAGUUAUUUUGGCUAAUUAAGCUAACACAAUAUUUCCUUUGUCUGCCGUAACAUUUGACUUAUGAAAGCUGGUAGGUUGUCAAAGUAUGGUUUGUAUAAAAAUAUUUAUGGUCAGCAUUUAGUAGGGUUUAUCUUAUAUGCCUGCUAAUCAAUUAAUUUCACCGUCGAAAGAGUUAGUUGUGUCGCUUUGAACAAUACCCGAAUUUUCAAUUGAUAAAACAUUGUGGCAGCAAACGGUGUUGAAUUUUUUUUCUAAACUAAUAUGAAUUAAGGCACCGCCUAGCAUGGGGAUUUAUCUUUUAUACAUCCACUUACAAAGAAAUAUUCAACACUCAAAACAAAGUGAGAAAGUGAAAAUUCGCUCUAUCUGAAGUUUACAAUUAGUGUCAUCAUACCUCUUACAGCGAAUAUCAUAUUUUGCAAAAUUUACGGGAAGCCGUGACAUAACGUCAUUCUCCGCGUUCUCGCACUGGCUUUGGAUUUUUUUUUUGUUUGCACUCCACGCAGAAUCUUGACGGCCUUUACACUUCUUUUUAAAGUGUUUUUUAGUUGCAUGUGCAGUUUUCAUUACGAAAAAGAAGUAAAAAAAAUCAUGUUGGCGCGGUUCACGAAUUUCUGUGACUGGUUCGGGGUGCCCGGAUGUUCAUGCAGACAACCAGUCUGCGGUGUGUACAUAAACCGGAACCGGAAAACAUCGAAAAAAUUGCCUCAGUAUAUGCAAACAACAAAGACGAAUAACUAUAUACGGACGUUACCGUCUCGGGGAUUUUCAUCCCCGGCGCUUUGCGCCGUGGAUAAAUCCUGUUAAGAACAGGAGUGCCUUUACGAACGAUGUGAUUAAAACAAUAAAUUACAAGUGAUUUGUUGCAUAAUAAUUCGUUUUUUUUUGUUUAUAGGAAAACCAGUCUACUAGCGUAAUACCAAAGUUAAAAGUUAUGAAAUGGCGUUAUUUCAUUUCCAUGACGUCAAACACGUGAUAAAGACCAUUAUUCUUAAAUGGUUUGAGUUAGGCAUCUCCAUAUGCUUUGUAUUUACGUAUAGUUUCUGACAUACCGGUAGUUACAAGAACUGUAAGACCACACGUCUCAUAGUUUAAGUUUUCCGCGGUAUGAAGCGUUCUAUUUUCUAUGGGCCCUGAUGACUAUCGGCCCAGGUUUACGUACUUGAACAUAUUUGUUUCUCAUAUGAGGGAGAGAGAGAUUUGGAGAGAGAAAGGUUUGUAAUAAUUUCUUGUCACUGCAUUAAAUGUUUGUCUUAA